GCGGCCGGAAAAGCCAGAGCUCAGAGGCCCGGAGGGGACCUGCCGCCCGGGGGGGCCUCGCCGGGGUCAGCGGAGAGAGCGGCGGUCAUGGACGGGUCCGGGCAGCAGCGCAGAGGCGGAGGGCCCUCCAGCUCUGAGCGAAUCAUGGCGACAGCGGCCAUUUUGCUUGAGGGUUUCAUCUGCGAUCAAAUAGGACCAGCCGCAGAAUAUGUACCUGAGCUGGCCCUAGAGCAGGUGACCCAGCACCCAUACAUCAAAGAACUGCUGGAAGUUAUCAAGCGCAUCGCACAACAGGUGUACAAGGACAAGGACAAGGAGCUGCAGAGGUGGUCUGAAACUCUCAGAGGCUUCACUUUUAGCGGAUUUUCUCAAGUGGCACACGAAAUAUUUUCAGGCGGCAUCACCUGGGGCAAAAUUGUCACCCUUUUCUGCUUUGCCAGCAAACUGCCACAACACAAGUUCCUGCACGUCUCUUUGGCGCCGAUCGACGUCAUCAUGGACAUGACGCUGCUCAUCAUUCGAAAGCUACUGUUGCCCUGGAUCCAGGAACAGGGUGGCUGGGAUGGCCUCCUCGCGAAACAUGGAGAGACACUCAAGUGGACGGCAGGAGGGGCAGAUACACUCAAGUGGACGGCAGGAGGGGCAUUGGCCAUCGGGAUGGGACUGCUUGCCUUAUUCGGACUCGGGCGAACUUAGGCUGAGGCCCCAGCUGCCUUCAUCUCUGUCUUCUCAGCAUGAAUAUGGCAUGUUUCCAUGAAGGCUGAGGCUAGAGGCCCAUCCUUCCUUUUGUAUUGCCACCCCUUCUGCCUGUUGCUUCCCUCUGUUCCAAAUCAUUCAAGCUUCGCAGGGAGAACCCUCAACUCUCAUUUUUCUUACUUUUGGAAUGAUUGGGCGAUUGGGGUGAUCUGGGGCAAUAAAACAUUCAGGCCACACUUCCUGUCUGUGUCAUUCG